CGGAAGUAAAUCGAGUUCUGCUUCCGGUGCCAAUGGUUUGUUAUGAAGAUAAAAUAGGCUAUAACGUGUUUUUUUUUUGUACUAGGACGUCUUUUAGCUUCAACUAGUGGCGAUUUUUUUGUGACGUGUUUGAGUCGUAUUAAAGAAGGUCAUCUUGUCGGAAUAUCCGGAAUAUUUAAUAAGAACAGUGAAACAUUUUUUAGUGCUAACUAUUAACUAAGUGACGCUGACUGGAGGGCUAGCUGUACUGUAAAGUAAAACGUUUGGUGUCAUAUUAGGAUGUCUCAACUGGAACAAUUAAAUGCACAUGUGGCCAAGCUCCUGACUGAGGCAGUGCAACAAGUGCUGGAGUUGGUGAAGGACACGGUGUCUGAAUACCAGGAGAAAACUGCCAGAACACAGAGAGAGAAUGAGAGCCUGAAGAAACGAAUGCUGGAGCUGCAAGACAAGAUCGCAAAAAAGAGCGCAACUGUUCUAUCUAGCCAGGAUUUCCUCAGGGAGAAAGCCGAUGCAGAGUGGGACUUCCUCCUUGAGACUCGGACGCCCAGCCCAGUUGACACACUCACCGAGGAAGACCUAGUCACGAGCCGCGCCGCCAAUCACAGAGUGAAGCAGGAAGAAGAAAAACAAGAAGACAGCCCCAGUUAUGUUGAAUCCCCUCUCAACUUUGACCUAGCGCAUACAUCAUCGAAGUACGGCGCAGGACAACCUCAGGAGGACAUGCACAAUAGAGAGGAGUCACUCACUUUACCAACAUACCAGGCAAACAGUUCUGCCUCCUCUGACGAUUCGCUCAGCAGUCACUCCAUCGGCGAGGAAAGCUUGGGCGCCGUGAAAACGGAAGAACAGUCGACCAACUGCGUAUCACAGCUGCCGCCUCUUCAAGAACAAGACCCAGGGUGUGUGGAUUUAAGCAGGAGCCCUUCUUAUCAUCACUCUAACCAUAGACUUCUAUCGCGAGCCGGGGGUGAACCUUACCCUCAGAGGAGGCGUGGAUUUGCAAGAUCCAACAGUAUUGCCUUUCAUUUGGCGAAAAUCAGGAGGGACAACUUCACGGGAGGGGGCCCGCACGUGUGCUCGAUAUGCGGAAAGUCAUUCACCAGAGUGGGUAACCUGAAAAUCCAUCAGCGCUGCCACACGGGGGAAAAACCGUACAGGUGUUCACAGUGCGACAGGUGUUUCUCGCAGGCGGGAGACCUGAAGAAACACAAGCGAGUGCAUACGGGGGAAAAGCCGUACUUCUGCAGCCAGUGUGGAAAGAGCUUCAGCCGAGGGGAGAAUCUGAAACGACACCAGAAGAUUCACAUUGGAGAGACAACGAAAUUCGAGCUAGAGUGGGGGGAGCCGCCUUUGUGAGUGGGAUACUGAGCUCAGAAGUAGACCAGUUAAAAAAAAGUCACCCUUCAAUGGUCAAAAAGAGUGGUGCAAACAACUACGUUGCAUUUCGAUUUGCCAUUUAGCACUUUGCAAGGGUAUGGAAGCUAAACAGACGUCUACGUUAGCGUUAUGGUGUGAAGUCAUGUUAGCAUGAUGCAAUGUAGCCUAUCAGACAUAUUCUCAAAACUAUUACAUAAUCGGGCUUAAUCUGAAAAUGAUGCAAGUACUAAGCAAACAAUGGUAAUAGCAACGUUAAAAAUAAUAACAAUGUUGCCAUCAAUAUUGUACCUGUGUGAUAUGAAGAAAUAGACUCAGAGUCUCAUAGGUAUUUUAGAAAAAAAAAAGUAUAUAACGUGGUCCAAAUUUUUUUAUUAUAGUUAUAUUAGGUCAGUGAAUGCAUUCAUCACCUAAGCAGGAAAAUAAUGGAUUUUAAAAAGUUUUCUGGAUUUUUAAAUGUAGGAGAGAGCACUCUCGGGUUUCUACAGUGUAAAAACUCCCUCUUGUGGCGAUAGAUGACAUUUUUAUUUGGUAUAAGAGAACAUGAGAAAAAGAAAAUCUCAUAUGUUUAUACAUUAAAAUCAAGCAUCAAACAAAUAAUUACUAUUUAUUAUUAGUAAUAUAUCUGAAAAGUGCUUUGUGUUUAAACAAAGACUUACUACAUGCACUCCAUUGUAACAGCUAUGUCAGUCAUUACUUGUGUGAACGUUGACUAUAAAAUGGCUUAUUUUCUUGAAGUCCUCUUUGCUGUUUCCCCUCAAUGACAGGGUGAUGUUUUGUCUCAGAUUUAUAUACUUCCAUCUGCAAAGAUUCAAAAUUCAGUUUGCGAAAAAUAAAAAAAAAUGUUGUGGUGUGAUAUAACCACCAGGUGUGAAA